CCUUGCGGCAGGGGAGUAGGGGAUGCGCUCCCGGGCGACCCAUCUCUCCAGCUUGUGGACUCUUUUUUUCCAGAUGAAGACAGGCCCCUUUGCAGAGCACUCCAACCAGCUGUGGAACAUCAGUGCCGUCCCCUCCUGGUCCAAAGUGAACCAGGGUCUCAUCCGCAUGUAUAAGGCCGAGUGCCUGGAGAAGUUCCCGGUGAUCCAGCACUUCAAGUUCGGGAGCCUGCUGCCCAUCCAUCCCAUCCAUCCGGCCGCGUCGCGCUAGUCCCACCACCCGCCCCCCCGCUGUGGCCCCCUCCCCACCCCCUCCCUCUGUUCUUUCUGUUUGAUGAGAGGCUGUUUACUGGGGUGGGUGGUGAGCGUGGGCUUGAGGGAGGUUCAGGGCAUAAGGCUGAAGGACCCAAGUUGGGAGAAGUGACCAAAAUGUGGCCAGUUUCCUGACUUCCCCUGGGGCGAAGGGACCGUACUGCGCUGUCGCCGUUGCUUUCCCUUCCCAGGUUGCCUUCCUAGGGGUUGGAGCUGGUGCUCCCCUCGGCGUGGGCCAGUUUCCCGAGCCCUGUUUGCGUGGGUGUCUGGGUGUCCUGAGGGCUGCAGGCUGAGGCUGGCGGCCAGCCUGGGGGGGUCGGGAAGGCAGAAACCUUGGCUGUUCUGGCCGGUGACCCUCCCAGCUCCUCCUCACGGCUUCCCCCUGGGCCUGUGGGCACUGUGUCCAGUGCCUCGUCCUUGCUUUUCUGCUCUUUGGCUUUUGGUUCAAGGGUGGCCUCUGGGGGGCGCUGGCAGGGCUUGCUCACCAGCGGAUUGGGUGAGGCCUGCCUUUCCAGAGCUCUCCUGGCUGGGAGGGGCUGGCAGAGCUCCGAAGGAAGGGGCGUGGGCUCCGGCCAGUCCUCAAGCCCCUCUAGCUGGGAGCUGGGUGAGCGGGCCACAGGAGGGCUACGGAAACAGCAGCCCACGCCCUUCGUCCUCCCACCUCCCCGGCCUCGCCUGCUGGAGUUCCAGAAUGAGCUCUGAGGGCCGGCAGGGGCUGGGCCGGACAGGCGCACCUGGGGGGUGAGGGGGUGCUGGGAGCAGCAGGCCAGUUCCAGCAUUUUCUUCUGCGGGGGGG